GCCCGGACCAGAGACAGGAGAUGCCUCGCGAGUUUGAGCUGUGCCCGGGGCGCCCCAUCGGCGGGGACCAGCCCUGCUUCAUCAUCGCCGAGAUCGGCCAGAACCACCAGGGAGACCUGGAGAUAGCCAAGAAGAUGAUCCGGAUGGCCAAGGAAUGUGGGGCUGACUGUGCCAAGUUUCAGAAGAGUGAGCUGGAGUGCAGAUUUAACAAGGGAGCCCUGAGUCGACCAUACAAUUCUCAGCACGCAUGGAAACCCACUUACGGGGGGCACAAGCUUCACCUGGAGUUCAGCCACGAACAGUACAAGGAGCUGCAGAGAUUUGCCAACGAAAUUGGAAUCUUCUUCACAGCAUCCGGCAUGGAUGAGAUGGCAGUCCAAUUUCUUCAUGAACUCAAUGUGCCUUUCUUGAAAAUUGCAUCUGCAGACUCAAAUAACUUUCUGUAUUUGGAAACCACUGCAAAAAAAGGCCAUCCAAUGGUGAUUUCCAGCGGAAUGCAGAGCAUUGAAAUUGUGAGACAGAUUUACAAGACUGUGAAAGGGAUUAAUCCAAACUUCUGCAUCCUGCAAUGCACCAGUGCAUACCCACUGUCUCCUGAGGAUGUUAAUCUGCGUGUUAUCACGGAAUACCAAAAGGAAUUUCCAGACAUUCCCAUUGGAUAUUCUGGUCAUGAAACUGGAAUUGCUAUCACUAUAGCAGCAGUAGCUAUGGGAGCCAAAGUUGUGGAACGUCAUGUAACCUUGGAUAAAACUUGGAAGGGCAAUGAUCACGAAGCAUCCCUGGAGCCAAACGAGCUAACAGAACUGGUUCGCUCAAUCCGCAUCGUGGAGAGAGCUUUUGGGACCUCCGUCAAACGUUUGCUGCCUUGUGAGGAGAACUGUUUAAGCAAGCUGGGCAAGUCUGUGGUGGCAAAGGUGGCGAUUCCAGCAGGAACAUCGCUGACACUGGAUAUGCUGACUGUGAAAGUAGCGGAACCCAAAGGCAUUUCUCCUGAAGAGAUCUUUGCUCUGGUGGGGAAGAAAGUAAAGACCAAGAUAGAUGCAGAUGAAUCCAUUACUAAGGAAUUGUUUUAAAAUUGCUGCAAAUCAUCUUGGGCUUUUGUAUAGAUAUU